UUCUAACAUUUUCUGUUUUAUUUCAAAUUUCUAACAACUGCAAUAAUUUGCUUCAGGACUUUUUUUGGGGGGUGGACUUAAGAAUUGUUUCAUGGCACCCAACAACACAAAACCUAUGAAGUUUUAAUUCACCCUGCGCAGAAGACGAAAGAACUGCGCUAGCUUUAAUGCUGAUUACAGCCAUCCACACGGUAAUGCGCAUGUGUGUUGCUUUGCAAUCUGGGAGUUGUGGUUCAUUAUUGGGAUCAAGGUGGAGAAACUCACGUAAAACACUGGCAAUAAAACUACAAAGUCCGGACGCCGAUGCGCUACCAGCUUCCACCACGGGCUCGUCACGAAGUUGGGUUGAAGCAAGCUAUGUUGAAGAAAGAAACAGAAUCACAAAAUGUGCAAUAUGUGGCUGCCAAUGAAGUAAAGAAACAGAAUUAUGUCGUUCCAACAUAUUCACAUCAAAAAAACAUUUGUACGGAGGAUAGAAGCAGUACUUCUGUGUGGUACAGAGUGUUUUUGAUCUUUGCAUUAAGUACUGUUUCAUAAAAUCUUUUUCUCUUUUUGUCUCCUUUUAUGAAACAGAUUAUAGGGAAUUAAGAUAACAGUAUCAAUUCAAUAUGUCUGAUCCUAUAACAUUAAAUGUAGGAGGAAAAUUGUAUACCAGUUCUCUGGCAACUUUAACACGAUACCCAGACUCGAUGCUGGGUGUAAUGUUCAGUGGGAAAAUGCCCUCAACUAGCGAUCAGCAUGGUAAUUACUUCAUUGACAGAGAUGGGAAAAUAUUUCGAUAUAUUCUAAAUUUUUUGCGCACAUCAAACCUCGACCUCCCAGAUGAUUUUCAAGAAGUUAGGCUUUUGAAGAGAGAAGCUGAUUUUUACCAGAUCCAGCCCUUAAUCGAGGCUUUGCAGGAGAGAGAGUCUGAGAAUGCCAAGGCGGAAAGGAAUGCAAUGCUCAACAUUACUCUGGACCAGAGACUGCAGACUGUGUACUUCACUGUUAAACCAGCCCCACAAAUGUACAACCUAACCUCAUGUAGUACAGAAGUCUUUGAUGCCAACAUAUUUUGCACAUCAGCUGAAUUCUUGAAGCAUUUGAGCUCCAAGUUUUGUUACUUUGUUAAUGGUAGACUUUUACCAAUUGGUUAUGAGAAAAAGGAUCCACACCAUUUGACAUUACAAUGGGUUGGACAUGUGGCAGUGCUGCCUGAAGAUGAAUACACAAGACAAAACUUAAAAAGACUUUGGAUUGUGCCUACAAAUGAGCAAGUUAACAAUUUUCAGUUGUUCGUAGAGGAAGUGCUAAAAACAGCAAUGAGUGAUGGAUUCCAUGUAGAUUCACUGCAGCCAGAUUCCUCUGACUUCAUGAAUUAUAAGGUACUUCGUCUAGUCCGAUAUAAAUAGAAAACAUCUCUUAAAGUAUUAACAAUUAAACUUUUAUUACUGUGACACAGUAAAAGCCUUAAAUUAUUUUUCUUCUAAACUAUAUGGCACUUUAAGUUCAAGGUUGCUGCAUUUACUAAACCUGUCUUUGAAUAAUAAGAGCAUAACAAUGUAAUCUGUGUGAUAGUUUAUUUUAUGAUGAUAUUGGCAAAUUCCAACAAUUUAUUUUUACCCCAGCUUUUACAACUACUGUAGUGUUGUAUAAAUAGUUUUGCAAUGCAUUGUAAAAGAAAUGUAUAGCCUUGAAAAGAAUACUUCUAGUAACACUCUAAUUGUUUAACUUCUAAAACAAAUAUCACCCAUUAUUUUGGUCUAUAUAUUAAAUAUCAUGCUUUAGCUGAAGGACUCCAAAGAAUCACAAGAUUUUUUUAACAAAAUAGUUUUCUCAAUUUGUGGUGAAUAAAUGAGUAUAUUUCUUAACAUGCAUGAUGUAGAUGCAGUACAGACAUCAAAGAAAAUGGGAACAGGACAAUUUACCAGAUAGUUACUGAUUGAACACUGACUCUGGUAUCAUGUUACAUUUUAUAAAAUAAUUUUACAAAAUAUUAUGGAAUUGCUGUUUGUUAAGGACAUGGCAUUCCUGAUAAAUUGCAAUAACUGCUACAAGAAAUGUAGUCUAUGCAGAACCAGGUAGAUACAGGACUUGUAAUAAGAACAGAAAAGUAGCAGCUGUGACUUCCUGAAAAUAAUUUAAGGGAUAAAAUCCUGCUUUGGAAAAUGCAAUGAAACAUUAUUAUUGCCGACCAGAAGUUGGAAAUAAAUGUUAUUAAUAAUUGCAACAAGCAUUAAUAGUGGCUUGUGAAAAUGCAACAACUGAGAUGUUCCAGAAAAAAAUGGGGACAGAUAAGUUAAAUUUUUUUUUGAAGAUGGAGGUUGAAAAUAGCAGUUUUGAAUGGAAUAGGGAUGGUGCUUCAGCAAAGUACACCAUUAAAGAUGUUAGGGACGUGGUCUGGAAAAUUGCAAAAUGGUUUGAGGAGUCAUGGAAGUAUUCAGAAUUGCCUUUGGAUAGGUGGAGUUAGAAUGCAGAAGAGGUACUGCAGAAUGAGUGUGGUGCUGGUUGGGGUAGAUGGUGGCAAAAACAGCUGUGCAUUAUUGAAGUUGAAGACAUCCAUUUGUUCUUUGAGAUGAGAAGGUUCGUUGUGGAAUGCAAUUCUGAAAUACUGGGAGGAUUUGACUGUGGAAAGAGAUUAAUGCGGUCAAGCCAGAUUUAAUGAAGAAUGGCUAAACCACUGUGCGAAGUUAACUUGAGUUACAGAAGUAAUGGCUAAAACUACAAAAGUGAUAAGAAGGAAUGCCAAAUGCAAUGUGAAAGAACAGCUAAACAACAUCAGAGUUGUCCUGGUUGGUGGAGGGCCAGAAAGAAGAGUGAAUGACAAAGCUGAAGGACUGUUUUCCCCAGGAAAUAAACAGCAAGGCAAACAAGUGAUCAAAGAAAAGGGAUGAGAUUACAAGCAGGCAAGGAUGGCAGAGAUGCACAACAGGAUCCUCUGGGUGAAACUGAAUGGACAGCAGUCAGAGAAGAAUGGGCUAGGAGAGACUGUCAGUUAACCUAAUUAAUCAAAUCCAGAUAAAAACCUGAUUAUUGUGUGAACAUAUUUGCAUGAAGUACAUGUAUUUAUAUACUUAGAACUAAACAUAUAAAGAACAAGUGUGUAUCAAGAAUUAGCUAAAUGUUCCUUUCAGCAAACUGAAAAAAUAAAUGAGGGCAAUAUGGCAGGUAUAAUUUACUUGAACUUUUAAUAAGGACAGCACGGGUGCAGCUGGUAGAGCUGCUGCCUCACAGUUCCAAUGACCUGGGUUCAGUCCUGACCUCUGGUACUGUCUGUGUGGAGUUUGCACAUUCUCUCUGUGAUGGGUGGGUUUCCCCUAGGUUGCCCCUCGUGUGUAGGUGAGUGGUAGAACUUGGGGAAAUUGAUGAGAAUGCGAGGAGGAUACAAAGGGAAUCCUGUAUCAUUAGUGUGAAUGGGUCAAUGUGGACUCAGUGAGCAGAAAGGUCUGUUUCCAAGCUCUCUAUAUUAAUGAUCCUAACACUUGGUAAAGAUGAGAUAUUUUGUACAAUUAUUAUGAAAAUGAAGAAAUUGGGAAUUAAUGCUAACUGAGGACUGGAGUACGUUAACUCGCAAUCUAAAAGAGUGAGUUAAUCAUUUCAGAAAUAUUAACUAAUUAAUCAGUCUAAGGUUGGAAAUUGGUUAAAUGCUUCAUGCAUGUUUAUUACAUGUUAUAAUUAUUCAUUUAAAGAGCAUGAACACUAAAGAAGUCGCUAAAUGUUCCUUAUGUGAACGUUCUUGUAGCAAACUGAAGAGGUAAAACAAUACAGCAGGUAUAAUUUAUUUGAAGCAUUCAAUGGUAAUCCAGCUCAUUUAGUGGGCCUCAUUAUGCUUGUGUGUCAUUCCCAGGGAGGAUGAAGAUGCAGUUCAUAGUGAUCAAAGUAACAUGCUAUGAAUUGUUCUAUACAUGGGCUCAUCUUCAUUGCUGUGCCUUGGAGAAGGUCUACCACUGGGCUGUUCUGCUGCUUUUUCUCCAUUUGUGGAAGUGGCUAAGAGGUUUUCCUGCAUGGAGAAUUUGUUGUUGUUCGAUUAUAAUUGCUUUUGCAUAUUCUAUCCAGUUUCUAUAUCUAGCUUCAAUAAUAUGGUCUAAGGACUUCUGGUUUUGACAGUGCCCCUGAUACCUUGAAGUCCUGGUGAGCUGCUCCCAGCUGUUGCAGUACUUUUUUCUUCAAGUGGAAGAAAUUACAUAAGCAUUGCUAAACCAUUGGCACUUUUGAAUCAAACUUAAAAUUCAAGCAAUGCUUGAAAGAUUGUGUGACGUCCUAGCUUUUUACUGCCUAAAAAAAAAAUUUGAGUUUUUCAGCAGUUGUUCAAACUAUUCUUCUCUGGACAAAUGCUUGUGUAUACAAGCUUUAAAUUAGUGGCCACUUGGAAAAUCAUGAAAAUGUAUUUUCUUUAGCCUGUUUUAAAUGACUUGCUUUUGUAUUUGCAUGUCUACAUUGAGAUAUGAACUACUACUCCGUGGCUAAAGAUGUUUUUAAUAGCUAAUGGUAAGGCUCGAGUACCAAUCUGACUUUUGAAAAUUAUAAGAGUCCACAGUAAAAUUAUAUUUUCUUUCAUACCCUUCUUCGUCAAUGAAGAAUUUAAUGUAAAUACUAUGAUGUUUACUUAUUACUAUUAGAAAUGGAGGCAUGGAAAAUUAAACUGACAAAACAAUAAUCUUGAGUGGCAAGAAGAAUACAGGCUGAUGAAGAGUUGUUUGAAGACCUGACAUUUUUCUAAACUAUAAUUUGUGGUCAUUAUUACCACUUUUGUUAAAUUACUGCAUGUAUGAAGAUGAACUAAAUAUGAAUAUGUAUUUAAUAUUUUUCUAUGGUACAUUGUGUAAAGCUGACAUGAGAAUGUAUAUCAAAUGAAAUUCAUGCUAUUGGAAGAGGAACAGCAUGUGGUCAAUUUCCAACAUUGUUGUAAUCUACCUUAUUAAAAUUGCUUGUUCUUUACAGUA